UCACCAUCGUGUCCCAAUUGGCGCGGACUUUAUCAACGAAAAGUAUAUAUCGCGCAAUCUUUCCAUCGCACCCCUUGCAGUGACCCGGUAGCGCACCCUGGUAUGGGGGCUUUAUUUUGAUCAAACCCUCAACAGUUCUUGCCAUCGUACCUCGAAACAACGCUAUUAGAUGGCCAGUGUCAUGUUCUUACAUGGCUCCAGUGUAGCCGCAAAUCUGAUGCUUCUACCUGUUUGAAAUAUAUUAGUUUUUAAGAUGUCAAUGUUCAGGUCACCCGCAGAUUUCUCUUCCGACUCCGAGUCUGGGGAAUCUGGCUUGGAUAGGAAUCUGAGCGAACAAGAAGAUGCUCCAUCAAACAGAUCUACUGCCAAGAAGCCUAAGGCUACCGGAACGGGAACGAAGUCGCCUCCCCUUUUGGAAGGGAGCAGCUAUGAAAGCCUCGACGGUGAGGCGAAUGAAAACAAUGAACUUGAUGUCGACACCGAAGUCCAUUCCAAUAUGAUGACGGCUGCUCUCCUUGAAUUCUAUUGUCUUAGCCGGGCUGCGGAUAUUCUCAAUGCACAAGAAGGCUCACACAAGCGAUACACACGUGACUCGCCAGAAGUCCAGUACCUUGGAAGGAAAAUGUAUAAUUAUAAGUCUCGAUUUCUCUCCUCCCACGGGGUCAUAGCCGGAGGAAUCGACAAGGAUGAGCUACGGACAACAAGACAGUAUUAUCGGGACAACCUUGAUGUUCUUGGCAUGUCGGCCCUGGAGGAUCUCGACAUAGACGAUACUCGGCGGCGUGUACCACCACGCAGAACAACUGGAGAUAUUGUCUUAGCUUCGAAGACCUCCAAUAAUGCGCAACUUAACUCAGACCAAGAGUAUGCAGGGCCUGCAAAACGUGGACUAUACAGACCCUCGCUUGCAGACAUCGGGAAACGACUCCCCAGUGCAGAGAAUAUCAGGGCUUUAGAAAAUGUCCAUCUUGACGUAGGGAGCCUACCGAGCCAAUCGUUACACCUCGCAGGAAGCUCACCGGCAAGCUUCCCAUUGUUUGAAACCAAUCUACCGACACCACGUAAUCACUUAUCACGUUAUGCGACUGAGUUCGUCGAAGUUAAAGUCCUCGGCCGUGGAUCGUUUGGAGAGGUGUAUCAUGUGAAAAACCAUAUCGACGGGCAGCCAUAUGCGGUAAAGAAGAUUCCUAUCAGCCAGCGACGGCUUGAGCAACUCCAAGAAGGAAAUGAGAACCAGCUGGAAAAUAUCAUGAAGGAGAUAAGAACCCUGGCUCGGCUUGAGCACACAAAUGUCGUCCGCUACUACGGGGCGUGGGUAGAACAAGCGCAUGUAUCGGGUUAUGUACGAACCGGACACGAAGCCCCUGUUGGAGCUGAGAGUGAAAACACCCAAAGUGCUCUGGCCGGACCCGAACCAAACGAUAGCGAGAGCUUCGGAGUCGUGUUCGAAUAUUCCCAGGCGUCGGCUGGGGGCAUUGAAGACGACGAGGAUACCGAAUCAAUUCCUCGUGAUUUUGACGCUUUUACCGACAGCCAGGUAUCUACUUUUGGAGGGACGGAUGACGAUAUUUUCACGGAUGGGUUGAGCUACGACCCAUCCAAGCUGCAGAUACAACGACGAAAUCGAGGCGGGCCUCAAGUUCCUGCAGUAGUUUUGCAUAUUCAGAUGUCGCUGCAUCCCAUUUCACUCAGCUCGUAUUUGAACUCGCAACCAUGUGAGAUUGGAGAUAGCCAAAUCCCACGCCGACAUUGUUACCACUUGGCCCCGUCUUUAAGACUCAUGUUACGUAUAAUCUCUGGAGUCGACUAUCUGCACUCUAAGGGCAUAGUACAUCGGGACCUCAAGCCUGCUAACAUAUUUCUGUCGUGUCCUGACCAUCAAGACUCCGAAGGAUGCUCUCCUUGUCAGUUAGAUAACGAAUCUUCUUCAUGGUACUCCCACCCUCGAAUCGGUGAUUUCGGUCUAGUUGCCGAUAUCUCCCAUUUCAAUGAGAAUCCGUCGGACAGUACCUCUUUGCAGCAGAGUACGAAGGUGAACCGUGUUGUUGGGACCGAGUUUUAUCGCCCACCUGUGAUUCAUCCCACCGUAGAUAACCCCGAGAACUCCGAAGAAAUAUGCGACUUUUACAAGGUUGACGAGUCCCUGGAUGUCUUUGCGCUUGGAGUGAUCCUUUUCGAGCUUCUGUAUCGCUUAAACACUAAGAUGGAACGCCAAUUCGUUCUCGGUGAAUUGACGCGCUGUCAACAGAAUCAGCUAACAGGAUCCGCCUUGGGACACGCGUCAUUCCCUUGUGACUUUGCACAGAAGAUUGAUUUGGGAGAGGAGAGAUUUGAUGGGGAAGGGUCUAUCGCCGAGGAAUUAAUGACCUGCAUCAGUGGGAUGCUGGAACCCUUGCCUCAGAAGCGUUGGAGCUUAUCCGAUGUCAAGAAGCAUCUGCAAACUAUUCUGACCGUCGCUCAGGGGGCAUCAUGCUCCUAAUUGGGUGCGUCAAAAGCCACAGCUAGUAUGCUGGGGGUAGCAUAUUUGAUCACAUAUUGCAUCAUUGUACAUGUGUCCCGUGCAAGCGCUGAGAACAUAAAGUAUAUCCGAGACUUCAACAACCAAGUCGAAGAUAUGUGGCAAAUAAUCCUGUGGAAAAAGCAUAUACUAUUACAAUUUAAAUACCAUUCCUCUCACUUGCAGACUGUCG